GAGUCAGUAAUCAGUCAAAAGUGCAUAAUCCUGAACGGGAGAGAAUCCCAACCAACCCGCAGACGUUUUUCAUCAUCUCGUCUGCCGUGGCCCGAAAACCGAUAUAAUAUAGGUAUGGAGAGGACGCGAGGAACUAUCCGGUGCGGGCUGGUCCCGUACGCCGUCCCCGUGCUCCUGUUGUUGAUGAUGGGUAGCUGCGUACAAGGGCUCACGGUGACUGUGGAGAAGGAGGAGUGCGUUUUCGACUACGUUUUCUACGACAGCGACACCGUUUCCGGCAACUUCGUCGUCGUCGAUCACGAGCUCUAUUGGAACUCCGACCAUUCCGGCAUUGAUUUCACUGUGACAUCUCCUGGAGGCAGUAUAGUACACACCUUGAAGGGAACCUCGGGGGACAAAUUCGAGUUCAAGGCACCUUCAAGUGGGAUGUACAAAUUCUGUUUUCAUAAUCCUUAUUCGGUGCCCGAGUCUGUCUCUUUCAGCAUUCACACUGGGCAUAUUCCUAACGAACACGACCUGGCCAAGGAUGAACAUUUGGACCCCAUUAAUGUAAGGAUUGCCGAGCUGAGGGAGAAACUAGAAUAUGUUACGCUCGAGCAAAAAUAUCUGAAAGCGCGGGAUCUUAGCCAUCGUCGUACAAACCAGAGCACAAGAAAGCGCGUCAUAUUCUACACAGUUGGGGAAUACCUUCUGCUGGUUGUUGCGAGUGGGCUUCAAGUUGUGUACGUACGUCGUUUGUUUAGCAAGUCGGUUGCAUAUAACCGUGUCUAACAGCAUUGUUUGGAGUAAAUUCAAGAAGAAAUAUACAUGACUUUUGUGUGGGACCUCCGAUUGUUGGUGGUGGUUUUGUUCCAUAGUCACAGUAAAAGAAAACUAUAUACUCCAACUUAGGGAGUUCGUGAAUAACAAAAAUAAAACGGUUGCUUCUAAGCCUUUUGCCUUGUUGUAAAACAGAAUUCUAAUGAAAUAUGACCAACAGAGGUUUUGGGUUAUUGAAAGGUGAUGCAAUGUGUGUUUUCAUUUAUAAUGAAUGACGGGCACGCGUAUAUAUCAAUGGUCGUGCUCCAGUGAAAAUAGUGUUUAAUGAAAGAAAAAUAAUAUAUUUUAG